GCUGAGAGACUCACGCAGCCCCAGUCCCGCCAGUCCGCCAACACAGUAGUGCUGUCCUUCCCUCCUCCUUUGGCCCUCCCCCCUCCCCGCCUUUGGCUCGCUCCGCCUUUCUGCCCCCCACCCCCAUCUCACGGGCACGGGCCAUUCCCGGCCAGGAAACGCCGUGGCGCCGCGUUGGGCCUAACUCGAGUCCUGCUGCCUCUCGUGAGUGCCGUGCGCCGCAGCCCGGGCCCAGGCCCCGGCAGCGCCUGGGACAAGGUCUUCAGAGCUACUGGCAGAUAAUUGGGACUUCAUAUUCAAAGGUCUAUAAAAAGAAUUCCUUAUGUCCAUAUCAUGUUGGUUGAGGCUCUGCAGCUUACCCCCACUCCCAGAGUGGUCAAUCUCCAUUAAUUGGACCCCGUGAUUUCAACUAUCUGCUGUGUUGGACGUCAUGAGCAUUGCAAUCCCUCUGGGAGUCACCACACCAGAUACAUCCUACUCAGAUAUGGCUGCUGGAUCAGACCCUGAAUCUGUGGAGGCUAGUCCAGCAGUUAAUGAGAAGAACGUGUAUUCCACUCAUAAUUAUGGGACCACUCAGAGGCAUGGGUGUCGAGGACUGCCUUAUGCUACGAUCAUCCCUCGUUCUGACCUGAAUGGCCUGCCGUCACCCGUAGAGGAACGCUGUGGAGACAGCCCGAACUCUGAAGGAGAGACUGUUCCUACCUGGUGUCCUUGUGGUCUUUCUCAGGAUGGCUUCCUUCUCAACUGUGACAAGUGCAGGGGAAUGAGCAGGGGGAAGGUUAUUAGACUUCAUCGGCGGAAGCAGGACAACAUAUCAGGUGGGGAUAGCAGUGCAACGGAAAGCUGGGAUGAGGAGCUUUCUCCUUCCACUGUGUUGUAUACAGCAACACAGCACACACCUACAAGCAUCACCUUAACUGUUAAUCGAGUUAGAAGAACCAAACCCAAGAAACGGAAAAAGAGUCCAGAAAAGGGCCGUGCAGCACCAAAGACGAAGAAAAUCAAGAAUUCUCCCUCUGAAGCACAGAAUUUAGAUGAGAAUACAACUGAGGGCUGGGAAAAUCGGAUAAGACUAUGGACUGAUCAGUAUGAAGAAGCUUUCACUAAUCAGUACAGUGCAGAUGUACAAAACGCCCUUGAACAGCAUCUACAUUCUAGCAAGGAAUUUGUGGGCAAACCUGCCAUUUUAGACACUAUUAAUAAGACUGAAUUGGCCUGUAAUAAUACAGUUAUUGGUUCCCAAAUGCAGCUACAGCUGGGAAGAGUCACUCGUGUUCAAAAGCACCGAAAGAUCCUGAGGGCUGCAAGAGAUUUGGCUUUGGACACUCUUAUAAUAGAGUAUCGAGGGAAAGUCAUGUUACGACAGCAAUUUGAGGUCAAUGGGCAUUUCUUCAAAAAACCAUAUCCCUUUGUACUCUUCUACUCAAAAUUCAAUGGUGUAGAGAUGUGUGUGGAUGCCCGAACUUUUGGUAAUGAUGCUCGAUUCAUCAGAAGAUCGUGUACACCAAAUGCAGAGGUACGGCACAUGAUUGCAGAUGGAAUGAUACACCUGUGUAUCUACGCUGUAUCUGCCAUCACUAAGGAUGCUGAGGUCACCAUAGCAUUUGAUUAUGAGUACAGUAACUGUAAUUAUAAAGUAGACUGUGCAUGUCACAAGGGGAACCGGAAUUGCCCUAUACAGAAGAGAAAUCCCAAUGCUGCAGAACCGCCACUCCCGGCUCCUCCAAGCCUGCCCACCAUCGGAGCAGAGACCAGGCGUAGAAAAGCACGACGGAAAGAGCUGGAGAUGGAACAACAGAAUGAGGCUUCAGAGGAGAAUAAUGACCAGCAACCAGAAGUUCUAGAAAAAGUAAAUGUAUCCAGUGAUCAUGAGGAAAUAGACAAUCCAGAAGAAAAACCAGAAGAGAAAGAAGAAGUUAUAGAUGACCAGGAAAACUUGGCUCAUAGCAGGAGGACUCGGGAAGAUAGGAAGGUCGAAGCCAUCAUGCAUGCCUUUGAAAACUUAGAGAAAAGAAAGAAGCGGCGGGAUCAGCCCUUGGAGCAAAGCAACUCUGACAUAGAGAUUACUACCACGACCACCUCAGAGAUUCCUGUGGUAGAUGAGACAAAAGCUGAAGCCUCUGAGCCUGAGGUUAGCAACCCUGCUUCAAAUGUUGCUGUCCCAAGCACCCCACAGAGUGUUGGUGUGAACACCCGGAGGUCUUCCCAAGCAGGGGAUGUUGCUGCAGAAAAAACAGUCCCUAAACCACCUCCAGCAAAGCCUUCUAGGCCCCGACCGAAGAGUCGAAUUUCUCGGUACCGGACCAGUUCAGCCCAGAGACUAAAACGUCAGAAGCAGGCCAGUGCACAGCAGGCAGAGUUGUCACAAACUGCCCUGGAAGAGGGAGGAAAUAACAGUUUAGUAACUCCUCCUGAAGCUGGAAGUAUAGACAGUUUAGGAGAAAACAGGCAAUUAACAGGUUGUGACCCAGCAGUGGUAUCAGUUACUGGAUCCCAUGUCAACCGUGCUGCAUCUAAGUACCCUAAAACCAAAAAGUAUCUAGUUACAGAAUGGUUGAAUGACAAAGCAGAGAAGCAAGAGUGCCCUGUUGAAUGCCCUUUACGUAUCACCACGGACCCAACUGUACUGGCAACAACUCUGAAUAUGUUACCUGGUCUUAUCCAUUCUCCGUUAAUUUGCACCACUCCCAAACACUACAUUCGCUUUGGCUCACCCUUUAUCCCUGAGAGGCGCCGAAGGCCCCUUCUGCCUGAUGGUACUUUCAGCUCCUGUAAGAAGCGCUGGAUAAAGCAAGCCUUGGAAGAAGGGAUGACUCAAACAUCACCUGUACCCCAAGAGAGUAGAACUCAGCACCUGUACCAAAGUAAUGAAAACAGUAACUCUUCUAGCAUCUGCAAAGACAAUGCAGACUUGUUGAGCCCAUUAAAGAAAUGGAAGUCUCGCUAUCUGAUGGAGCAGAAUGUCACCAAGUUACUACAGCCUCUAUCUCCAGUCACACCACCCCCUUCCAAUCCAGGAUCAAAGAGCCCCCAGCUGAUCAUACCAGGUCCACCUCACCCAGGAGAAGAGGAUUGUCGGAAUGGAUAUAGCCUCAUGUUCUCACCAAUCACAUCUCUUGCUACUGCUAGUCGCUGCAAUACUCCUCUGCAAUUUGAGCUUUGUCACCGAAAAGACAUGGAUUUGACAAAAGUAGGAUACCACGACUCCAACACUAACAACUGUGCUGACAGACCUUCUCAGCUCAACUCAGGUCAUUCUGACCUGGCUUCUCAUCCCUCCAUCGGGCCCACCUCGGAGUCCGGCUUUCCAAGCAGGAAUGUAGAUGGACAUCAGACCCUUGUAAGAACCUCGGACCAGGCAUUUCGGACAGAGUUUAACUUAAUGUAUGCCUACUCCCCUUUGAACGCUAUGCCUCGAGCAGAUGGAUUAUAUCGAGGGUCUCCUCUAGUAGGGGAUAGGAAACCUUUACAUUUGGAUGGGGGAUAUUGUUCCCCUGCAGAAGGGUUUCCCAGCAGAUAUGAACAUGGAUUUAUGAAAGACCUUUCUCGUGGAUCCAUGUCACCUGGUGGUGAAAGGACCUGUGAAGGACUUCCAUCUGCCCCGCAAAACCCACCACAGAGGAAAAAGGUGUCCCUACUGGAGUACCGCAAACGGAAACAAGAAGCCAAGGAGUCUGCUGGUGGGGGAGCUGACUCCAUGCAGAGCAAAAGCAAGUCUGCAGGAGCUGGGCAAGGCAGCAGUAACUCAGUGUCUGACACUGGUGCCCAUGGUGUGCAGGGAUCCUCAGCCCGAGCCCCAUCUUCCCCUCACAAAAAAUUCUCCCCAUCUCAUUCCUCUAUGUCCCAUUUGGAGGCGGUAAGCCCAUCAGAUUCCAGAGGCACUUCUUCGUCUCACUGCAGACCUCAAGAGAAUAUCAGCAGUAGAUGGAUGGUUCCCACAUCAGUAGAACGGCUCCGAGAAGGAGGGAGCAUCCCUAAGGUCCUCCGAAGCAGUGUGAGGGUGGCCCAAAAAGGAGAGCCUUCUCCCACAUGGGAGAGUAACACCACAGAGAAAGACUCAGACCCUGCAGAUGGAGAAGGCCCAGAGACAUUGAGCUCAGCACUCUCCAAAGGAGCAACCGUUUACAGCCCUUCAAGAUACAGCUACCAGCUCCUGCAGUGUGAUAGCCCACGGACAGAAUCACAAAGCCUCCUUCAACAGAGUUCCUCCCCUUUUAGAGGACAUCCUACCCAAUCUCCAGGAUACAGUUACCGAACUACUGCACUGAGACCUGGAAACCCCCCUUCUCAUGGUUCUUCAGAAUCAUCCCUCUCUUCUACAUCCUAUUCCAGCCCUGCCCACCCUGUGUCCACAGACUCGUUGGCCCCAUUUACAGGGACACCAGGGUAUUACAGCAGCCAGCCACAUUCUGGAAACAGCACCAGUAGCAGUCUUCCAAGGAAGAGCUGCCCUUCUAGUGCUGCUAGCCCUCCCCCACAGGGCCCCUCAGACUCGCCAACCUCAGACUCAGUUUCUCAGUCCAGCACAGGAACUCUGAGUUCCACCUCCUUUCCUCAGAACUCUAGGUUGUCAUUGCCAUCAGACUUACGGACUAUCAGUCUGCCCACUGCUGGGCAGUCAUCUGCCUACCAGGCCUCCAGGGUAUCCGCGGUUUCCAAUUCACAGCACUACCCACACCGUGGGAGUGGGAGUGGGAGUGUGCACCAGUAUCGUCUCCAGCCACUGCAAGGGUCAGGAGUCAAGACUCAGACAGGACUUUCCUAGGGCUUCUGGAUUUGGGCAAACAGAACUGAAUAAGCCCAUAGCUGCUUCCUUCCAGCUGCCUCUGGAUCCUAGGCCGAGCAUAAUGCUGGGGAAGGGAGGUACAAGGUGCCAGAGGAGUGGGUCUGGUCAACAAGAAACAAGACUUGUGGUCGUGACUGGCCUCUGGCCUUGGAGAAAGACGUAAAUCUUGUCUGAAGCAGAGACUAUAAAGAAGUUUCUCCCUGCUGUUAAGGGUACAUUGUUGAUAAGCAAAUGGUGUUUUGGUUAGUAACGGUUCUAAGUGCAAUGAGUUGUGUUGAAGCCUCCGUCUCCCAACCUUGCCCGUAGCCUGUAGUCACUUGUGCAGUGAGAACAUCUUUUUAAAUU